CGCCGCGCCACGCCGCGCCGCCCCGCACAUAUACACCCACGCGGGCGCGGACGCAGAUGCAACGAACCCCACCAGAUCAUCAUCGGCGGCCAGCGCGCGAUGGACAUGGGAGGAGGGCACGCCAUGGGCACGGGCAUGGGCGGCGCCGCCCCGGCGGCGGCGGCGGCGCACGGGGGCAUGCGGAUGCACUACAUGCACAUGACCUUCUACUGGGGCAAGAACUCGGAGAUCCUCUUCCACGGGUGGCCCGGCUCGAGCGGCGGCAUGUACGCGCUCGCGCUCCUCGUCGUCUUCGCGCUCGCCGUGCUCGUGGAGUGCCUCUCCUCCUGCCGCUGGCUCGAGUCCCGCCUCUCCUCCCGCGACCGGCCCGUGGCGGCGGGGGCGGCGCGCGCCGCCGUGCACGCGCUGCGCGUCGGGAUGGCGUACGUCCUCAUGCUCGCGCUCAUGUCGUUCAACGUCGGCGUGCUCCUCGUGGCAGUCGCCGGCCACGCGGUGGGGUUCCUUCUGUUCAGGGCCGGCCUGUUCGGCGGACAGGCGCAGGUGGAGGACGGGGCCAAGGACUACCUGGCGCCGGCGGCGUGCUGCUAGGUCUUCUUAUCCGUAUGCAUGGGUUUGGAAAUUUUGGUGGUGUGAUCCUGUUAAUCUGGGUGAUUGCCAUCUCACUAUUCACAACCGUUCUUGUUUGGUUACAUCUUGAAUAUCGACCGGGAUCAACUUUUUUGUUAUUUGAUUGAGAUGCUGGAUUUA